CGCGGACGUAUAUAAAGGGGCCAGCCGCCGUGAGCAGGGAGGUGUUCUAACUGCGGUCGAGCAGUCCUUGACCUUCCGUCCUCUCACCACGCUGGAAACAUGACUCUGAGCCUGCUGCAAAAGGCUCAGGUAUGGCUCUUGAAGGCGGUCACGGAGGUCAUUUUCAUCCUUUUUCGCUUCUUCUCCCCUCGGAGAUCCGCUCUGUCUGGGAAGAAGCUUCCGCCUGUCAGAAACCCGUUACUGCUUCUGUCGGCGACGCAGCUCGCCAAGAAGAUCCGGCGGAAAGAGGUGUCCAGUGUGAAGGUGGUGCAGGCUUACAUUGACAGGAUCCAGGAGGUUAACCCUUUCCUGAAUGCUGUUGUGAAGGACAGGUUUGCUGCUGCCCUCCAGGAGGCGGCUCAGGUCGAUAAGCUGAUCGAGGAGGAGACUGGAGGAGAGGAUGUGCUGGAGGACCGGCUGCCUUUAUUAGGAGUCCCACUUUCUGUGAAAGAGUCUUAUGCCCUCCAGGGCAUGCCCUUCACUACAGGCCUGGUCUCGAGGCGAGGAGUCGUGGCCACAGUCGACGCUCCACCCGUGGCCCUGCUGAAGAGAGCGGGCGCCAUCCCGCUUGGUGUCACCAACACCAGUGAGCUGUGCAUGUGGUUUGAGUCACACAACCGCAUCUAUGGCAUCACCAACAACUCGUACGACCUGGAGAGGAUACCGGGAGGAAGCUCAGGAGGAGAAGGCAGCCUGCUGGGAGCGGCAGGUUCAGUCAUUGGUGUGGGCUCAGACAUCGGUGGCAGCAUUCGUAUACCCUGCUUUUUCAAUGGAAUAUUUGGCCAUAAAACCACUCCAGGUAUCGUGUCCUGUGAGAACCAGUACCCUCCUGUCUCUGGCAGGCAGGAGGAGUACCUCAGCUCUGGUCCCAUGUGCCGCUACGCUGAAGACCUGCUGCCCAUGCUCAGGAUCAUGGCCGGACCCAGAACUAACAUGUUGUCCUUAAACACAAACGUCGACCUAAAGAAGGUGCGGUUCUUCACCAUCCCUCAUGACGGCGGUUCUCCCCUUGUAACGCCUGUCAGCAAAGAGCUCAUAUACAUUCAGAGGAAGGUAGUAGAGCGCCUGGAAGCUGACCUCGGAGUCAAAGUCCAAGAAGUGCAAUUCCCUGAGCUCUACUACAGCUUCCAGAUCUGGGACACCUACAUGGUCCUUCCUGACAAAGAGGGCAAACCUCCUCAGCCGUUUGCUGAGCUGAUGGGAGAACCAGGACGACCAGCGUGGCCUCUGUGGGAGCUGUUGAAAUGGAUGAUAGGAAAAUCAGACCACACCAUGGCUGCUAUCGUUGUGGGCCUAAUUGAGAAGACUCAUGGGUCCAGAACCUCGCCCUCCAUCAUCCAGCUGAAGGAGAAGCUGCAGAAGGAGGUGGACGAGCUGCUGGGCACUGAUGGUGUUUUUCUUUACCCCUCCCACCCCAGAGUGGCCCCCAAACACCACCACCCGCUCUUUAGACCCUUUGACUUCUCAUACACCGGUAUAAUUAACAUCCUGGGGUUGCCGGUUACUCAGUGCCCUCUGGGUGUGGGGGAGGAGGGUCUGCCCCUGGGUGUGCAGGUGGUUGCGGGGAAGCUGCAGGACCAUCUGACCCUCGCUAUGGCCCUCUACCUGGAGAAGACGUUUGGAGGCUGGAGGGACCCCGGAGCGAACUAAAUGCACACGCUCACACGUUAACAGCCACAACCAAACCUUUGGCCUGAGGCUGGUUUGGUUGUGGAUUGCGGUACUUGCCUGAUGUAGUAUACAAACAGAGGUAGAGUCAGUGCUUUGAAUGUUGUAAUAGGAAAGAUUAACUUUUGCACUAACGAGGAUGAAUUAAUGUCAGUGUGUCAUGAUUUUUGUCAUCUAUUCUUUUCAGAGGCUGUUAUAAACCUAAGCUUUAACAAGCUGCCUCUGAGCAGUCACAUAUCACACAGGACAGGGGGCUGUGCAGACAGGUCUUGCACGGUUAGAUUUCCCUUGUUUUUCCUUCAGUUUCUGUACAGUCACUCAUAUGUGCAGUUUCACCCACUCAGGUUGUUGUUGUUGCUCUGACUGAUGGGACCUCUGCUCUGGUUCAUGCCGAGUGUUUGCCGGAGUCACCUGAAUACAUUAAAGAACAAUUUGUGCUGAGCUUACGGUGGGAAAAGACAGAGUUGAGACAAUCAGGUGCAGGUUAAACAUGCUCAUGCAUUAAACAUUUGAAAUAAAGUUCUUUAUGGAGAUCAGAUCAGAUGGUCCAAUAAGCCAGAAGCACCAGUGGAACAGAUCAAAAAGGAAGACUUAGCUGACAUCAGUAGGGGAAAACACAGCCUUAAUUUCAUUAUAAUAUGAAUGUUGCAUAUCACUGCAGCGACUGAGGCGCAUGCUUUAUGCUGAAAUUAAUUUUAAUUAAUAAAAGAUUUUUUUUUUCCUCUCA